UUUUUUUUAACUUUUUUCUUUCUCGAUCGAAUUAUUUCCAUUUAAUUAUUGACAGUGAAGAAAACUUGUGAUAUUUGUUUUUCAUUAUUUUCUCGUAUAGUGACGCAGUUAGGUAAGAAGACAACGGAACGUUAAACGAAAAGAAAGAAAGAAAGACAAAUUAUUUGAAAUAAUGGCGGAAAAAAUGUAUUAUUGGGAUGAGGAAAAGAAUCAACCUGAUUCUGAUCAGACCUUUAUAGAAUUCAAAGCUAAAUCUACGGUAACGGAAAAUAAAAAGAGAAAAGAGGAAUCACGUGUUGCCGCGAAAACGUCGUCGUCCGCUAUUCAAGGAAGGUCAACGGAUUUUGCUAGCCGUGAGGAAGAUGCAGAACGCGGUGGAUGGGAUAACAAACUAGAUUUCCUCUUUUCGUGCAUCAGCGUUUCCGUUGGCCUCGGAAAUGUUUGGAGAUUUCCUUACCUUUGCUAUAAGAACGGUGGUGGUGCAUUUCUUAUCACUUACGGUAUAGCUAUGCUGUUUUGUGGAAUACCAAUAUUUUUUCAAGAAGUCGCCAUUGGACAAUAUCUUGGAGCUGGUGGAAUGACUCUUCUCAGUCAAUUGUGUCCUUUAUUACAAGGUGUAGGAUAUGCUACGAUGACUAUAGUUUUUUUUCUCGACAUAUAUUAUUGCAUAAUUAUUUCCUGGACUCUCUUUUAUCUUAUAAGCACAAUUGUUAAUUUACCUGGUGUCCCUUGGAGUAGUUGUGGUCAUUGGUGGAAUACGGAAAAUUGUUUUGACGCAUCGACAGAAAGUAAAAUAAUUUCUGACGCAAACUAUACCAAAAACAUAACCUAUCAUCACACUACUCCUGUGGAAGAAUUUUACGAACGACGAGUUCUUGGGGUUACAUCUGGUAUCGAAAAUAUCGGUGGAAUGCAAUGGGAACUUCUGGGUUGUUUGAUACUCGGCUGGCUACUCGUUUACUUGAUCAUCCGACGUGGUCUUCAUCAAAGUGGUAAGAUCAUCUGGUUUUCAGCGUUGUUCCCGUACGUGGUGCUUUUCAUUCUUUUGGGAAGAGCGGUGACCUUGGAUGGAUCCUACAAUGGUUUACUAUAUUACGUGACACCAAGAUGGAAGGAAUUGUUAAGUCCCGGGCCGUGGAUCGAUGGAACAACACAAAUUUUCUUCGCUUACAGUAUCGGAACUGGCGCCUUACCUGCUUUGGGAUCUUACAAUAGAUUUCGUCACAAUUGUUAUAGAGAUGCACUAAUUACUUGUGUAGUCAACACACUAACUUGUCUUCUGGCCGGGUGUUUGACAUUUUCGAUAUUGGGUCACAUCGCUUUGGAACAAGGUACUGAGGUCUCUGAGGUCGUCAAGAGUGGACCUGGUCUUGUGUUCCUCACCUAUCCUGAAGUCGUUCUAAAGCUUCCUGGUGCUUCGAUUUGGGCUAUUAUAUUCUUCGUCAUGCUUCUCAUUCUCGGAAUCGAUAGUGAAUUUUGCAUCGUUGAUUCGUUCAUCACCGGUAUCAUCGAUAAUUGGCCGAAUCUACGCCCACAUCGAGGCAAAUUUACCAUCGCCAUUUGCAUUCUCAUGUUUUGUUUAGGACUACCCAUGGUGACAAAUGGAGGUGUUUAUAUUUUUCAAUUAAUGGAUUUCUAUUCGGCAAGUGGAAUGUCGAUUUUAUGGGUAUGCUUUUUCCAAACUAUAGCAAUAUCAUGGUUUUUCGGAGCACAAAAAUUCUGCGAUUGUGUCCAUCAAAUGAUGGGAAUACGAUUGAAUAAAUUUUGGUACAUUUGUUGGAUCUUCUUUGCUCCUGUUAUUAUGGCAUUUAUUUUCAUAUUUCAAUGCGUCCUUUAUAAACCAUUGAAAUAUGGAAACGAUUAUGAAUAUCCAACAUGGGCAGAAAUCGUUGGUUUUUGUUUAAGUAUCUCAUCAAUGAUUUGGAUACCACUUUAUGCGAUUUAUUAUGUCAUUGUUACACCAGGAUCGAUUAAGGAGAACAUUUUGAAGGGACUAAAACCCAACUUAAAGUCUAAUCCGAAAUUACCGAAGGGUGAAAAAUCAACAGUAAUGCCGAUGUCGGAAAGCAGUGCUGGUUUAAUAACAAAGAACAGUAGUUUUUUAAGUCAAACAUGAUUGAAUUUAGGAAUUUUCUUAUAACUGUUUAAAUCGAAAAUAAUAUUUAAGAAUGAAAUUUAUCUUCGAGAAUUAUUUAUGCAAGUUUAGAAAAGUAACAGUUCAGCUAAAAUAUUUUGCUAUUUUUUUUCUUUUUUUUUUCUUUUUUUUUUUUUUUUUUUUUUUAUAUAUAAAUUUACUUAUCAACUAUUUUUGUCGAAUGUAAUUUCGGUUAUUUUAGUUUGUUUUAAUAAUGAUUUUUUGAGAGAAUUUUAGUAACAUUGCAAAAAGAAUGAAGGGCUGUGCGAUUUAUAAGACAGAUUUGUUUACUUUGAUUAAUUUAAUGUUCAAUAGUAGAUAAGUGUUGAAAGGAAAAUAUGUAUAAAACAGUAUUUCUGACCAUGA